CAACGAACCUACUUUUCGUCCAUGUUUCUGCAGUGGAUUCAGCACAUACGAAGCCUACUGGCCUAAUAUCGUGGGGUGCUUCCUCAUGGGUAUAGUAACACACCACAAAAAGUUCCUGAUCGAAAGACAUGGGUUAGCAAACUUUCACUUGGGACUUGGUACGGCUCUGUGUGGCUGUUUGACUACCUUCUCGUCUUGGAAUGAGGAAGCAGCCUUAGUACUCGUUUCAUUCGACAGCAAUCCAAAAUACAGCACAGACAACGCAAGCCAAGUAUUCACGUGGAUGAAUAUUAUCAUCACGGGAUAUACGACAUCCUUCAUGUCCCUCCUGGCAGGGUUUCACCUGGCCUCCCUAUCGCCCUGGGGCAACGCUCCCUCAGGUCGCAUCGCCAACUCAGUGGGGAAGCGCUACGGUUGUUUGUCGAGUUGCGGAAAGUGCUUUAAAAACAAUGAGCUGGUCAUUGCUGCAGUGUGUUGUAUCUUAGCAACGGGCCUGGUGGUGGGACUUCCGGUGGGCUUUGGCCUUUACCAACUCACGUUUGAAGCCGUGCUGGGAUUCUUUGGAGCCGUUCUGCGGUACAUAUUGGGCAAGGGACUGAACAAACCUCAAUUCCCAUUCGGCACCUACGCAGCGAAUAUCCUGGCUGUGCUUGUACUGUGCGGGUUUUAUAUUUGGCAGGUUGAGGAGAAUAACUUCCCCGGUAAACCCGUGCUCAACGACAUCAUUACUGGGGUCACCAGUGGAUUUUGCGGUAGUCUGAGUACGGUUAGCACCUUCAUGAAUGAAAAUUACGGAUUGAAAAGAAGCCACGCAUGGAGGUAUUCAUGUGCGUCCAUCAUCACUGCCCAAAUAUUGGCUGGACUCAUUCUAGGAGGAUACAAAUGGGCGCAGUAAGAUGCUUGUGGAUACCGACAUCAGGCUAUGACGUCUUUGCACGAAUCUUAACUUGUUUUCAGUUGAAUAAAUAAAUAAAUAAAUGGAUCAUCAGCUCGA